AUGGCCCACAAUACCAGUGCCCCCCGCAUAACCGAUGCGACGAAAGUAUGGACAACUCUAAUUACAAACACUGCCUACCUCUCGGGGCUACUGACCCUGGAGUACUCCCUCCGUAAAGUGGGCUCGAAAUAUCCGCUGAUUGCUCUCUACACGGACUCCUUCCCAGCGGAAGGUCAUGCUGCUCUUGAUGCCCGUGGAAUCUUGAAGCAGCGUGUCCCUUAUCUGCUGCCCUCAGUUCCCAAGGACUACGUCAAUGAUGUGCGGUUUUAUGACUGCUGGAGCAAACUCACGCCCUUCUCUCUUGUGGAGUAUGAGCGCGUUGUGCAGCUGGACAGUGACAUGAUGAUUCUCCGCAACAUGGAUGAGUUAAUGGAGCUCGAGCUAGACCCUCCAGCCCUGGCUGGGGCAGGGAAUCGUGUUUUUGCCGCCAGUCAUGCUUGUGUCUGUAACCCGCUGCAGAAGCCGCACUACCCUCCUGACUGGUAUGGACUAUCCGUCUUCCAUUCCCGAGUCCUACGAGGACACAGCUUAUCCGACAAGUUGACAAAGACUAAUGCACCAUUGUCCAGGAUUCCAUCCAAUUGCGCAUACACAUCCCAGCAUGCCACCCCGGAUGUCGCGCAAACAGAGGGCGCAUCACCCACGGCCGGGCUGGGUAUCCCCAACGGCGGUCUCCAGGUAGUCAAUCCGUCCCACGAAGUCUAUGAUAAGAUUCUGGCGCAGCUGUCCUCAUCUGCGACCACCAACUAUGAAUUUGCCGAUCAAUCCCUGCUAUCAGAUGUGUUCUUUGGGCGAUGGGUGGCGCUGCCAUACAUUUACAAUGCGCUCAAAACCAUGCGGUGGGAGGGGAUUCAUGAUGCGAUCUGGCGAGACGAGAACGUCAAGAAUAUGCACUACUUGCUCAACCCCAAACCGUGGGAUGAGAGCGAGGCUGUCCGGUCGGGUCGCGAACCUCGCUCAAGCCGGGAAGCGCCACACAGCUGGUGGUGGGACAUUACGGAGGAGAGAGUGAAGGAGGAAAAGGCCAGAGGGGUGGAUGACAACUUCUAA